AUGGGCCGCUCGCGUGUCCUCUCGUUUAUAUCUACUUGGGGGAGCUCCAAAAACCACGAAUCUGGCAGAGAAAGCAAAAGGUCAUCGCGCAAUGUCACCCCCAUCCACACUCCUCCGAGGCGGCAGACACCGCCGCCAGAGACGCCGUCUCCCCCGCCGGAGUUGGCACCUGUCGCGGCCACAAACCCUAGAGGAGACGGAAUCAGUUCGCGCCCGGCUUCAAUGCUCUUUUCUCGAAAUCCACCGCUCAUGACUCACGAGGAGGGAACUCCGCCAGAACUUUCGCCCAUUUUCUCCUUCUUAAACGUCCACACCAACAAGGUUUAUCAGGAAGGAUAUUUCUUAAAGUUAAACGAUCAAGAUUCGCAGGGCCGUCCCUGCGUGGAUCGACAGUGGGUUGAAUGCUAUGCACAGCUCGUUGGAACCGUCCUUUCCCUGUGGGAGGCGGCUGCGCUGGACGCAGCUGGUGGAGAAGAGGUCCCAGCGACGUACAUUAACCUCGCAGAUGCCUCGAUCAAGAUGAUCGAGUCGUUACCCAUUAGAAAUGGAGCCGUGCAACCGUUGAAGAAUGUUCUCAGUCUCUCAUCUGCAGGGAAAAAUCGAUAUCUACUUCAUUUUAGUUCUUACCACUCAAUGCUUCAAUGGACGGCAGCUAUCCGUCUAGCGAUGUUCGAACACGCGUCACUAUAUGAGGCGUAUACCGGCUCCCUCAUUGCUGCCAAAGGCAAAAGUUUGAAUGGCAUCCAGUCCAUUCUAACGCCCAACAAAUUCAAGUGUGAGGACUGGGCUCGAGUUCGGUUCGGUGCCGGAACGCCCUGGAGGCGAUGCUGGUUUGUGAUUGAGCCGCCAAAUGAAAAGGAUCUUCAGAAGGCGAGAAAAUUGAUGAAGAAAUCUGCCUAUGACCGCUCCACCAUGCUGGUUACGGGGUGCAUCAAGUUCUAUGAGAAGAGAAAGACCAAGAAAGCCCAGCCCAUCGCAACAGUGACGAAUGUUUACUCGGCCUACGCGAUCUACCCUCAAUCCAAGGCUCUCAUUGACCAGUCUUCUCUCGUAAAACUGGAAGGCAGGAUCACACUGCAUGGAGGGAGCGAAGCCUCGACAGAGGGUCUUGUCUUCGUGAUGCCUGAGCUUCACGCCGCUGUUUCGGGCUUCGAGACGAUGCUUCGAUUCCUUUUUCCGACUUUUGACACUUUCAAUCUCUACGGGCGUCCAACCCGGCUCGUGGCUGACGUCAAUCACCUCAAAAGUAUCAUGUUUGCUUUUCCCAAACAACGACGCUAUGGCUACUUGGAUGUUCUGGACAUCACAAAUCUCCUGCAGAUACCCGGAAGCCUAGAAUGGAGUGAAGCUGAGUGGAGGAAACGCUUGAAGGAAGCCACGCAGAAGCGCAUGAGCGCUGGCCGCAGUCGAACAAACAGUGUGAACAGCAGUAAACCUCGCUACCGCGCCAGUGUCUCCAGUCGCUUGAACGAGAGCUCGAUGAGAGAAUACCGGCAGUGCCCUGCUCUCCCAGAGGCCAAUCCCGACUUCAACCAGUCUACGGAUGCAAUUAUCCACGAGGCUCCCAAGGUUGAUCCUGUUGUCUACCAUUCUAGGGGAAUGUCAGAUAUCACAGGACUACAAACAGGGCAGGUGCUGGGCAUGAAUCCGCGAAGUAACCAUUCAUUCCACUCGUCAGCACAAGACCUCGUACAAGACGGUCGUGCACAGGCUCUGGCUGGUCCGAUUGAAGAACAGACUGGUAGCCCGGAGAGUGAUCGUCAUCCGAAUGCUGUUGAGCAGACAAAUAGCCUGGAAGAACAGCUACCGCCCCGUACACCACCUUCUCCAGUCACAAAGCCUCCCACUUUUGCACACGGUCCUCGAGAAACGCCCGCUCAUCGACCACAAACAAGCAAAGAGCAGAGACUGGCCAACAAUCGGAUGUCCCACACGACGUUGAUGCAGAUUCACCAGAUCAGCAAAUCGGGUACAGAAAUGGCAAACGAAGCCCCAGAUUCGGAGCAUGAUACUCCUUCGCCGGCGGGUGACGCAGACCACCGGCCUGGAAACCAUGGACCGUACCAGGCCUACUCGACAGAGGGUCUUGCUACCAAUCUGCCCAGUGACGAGGACACAAGUCUUGCUUUUCCUCGGCGACCAGUGCCCACCGCAAAUCUGGGGCUAGCGACUCCAAGCCCAGAGGGAAAUUCUUCGCCUCAACCCAAAGUUCCCGCUGACAUGGGCAUCAAAGCCGUCAAACGGAAGCCUCUUCCACAAAGACAGCUGUUCAAUGAGCAAUUUCCACCAAUUUCACCUGCCAGCGAAGGGCCCAGCUACGACGAUCUUCGGCAUACACUGGACGAGGACGUGUUGAAUCGUAUCGCUCCUCACAUUCCCUCGCCGGUUUCCAUGACACGGAAUGAAGAAGAAAGUCUUUAUGACGCUGCCUCGGCUGUCUCUCCAGACUACGCGAGUACCCAUGAGUCGGUCUAUAGCGAAAAGUCAAUGAAAAGAAUGGGCGUCAAGAAAAUUGCUGGAGAACCUUCCCGGCAGGAUCUCGUGAUCGGCGAUGCUCAUUACGUUACUGACAAGCAGGUUGAGCCUAAUCCGGACAUUCCCGACUUCGACUUUGGCCCAACGCUCGCUUACAUGCCCACUACUGGGCGUCCUACCACCGGUGACACACUGAAGAAGGCUUCGCAUAACAGAAAAGACUCUGACUUCAAGCUUGCCAUACCAAGCAACCCCAUGGAGCACGGUCAUGUGCGAUCUUCCAGUCAGGAAGACCGCCGCCGUAGCGUCCUUUGGCAACCUGGCAUGGCCAGUAUUCGCCCUACCACACCAGGGGGUGGUCUUACGCCGGAGCAAUUUGUUCAGCAGCGAGCUGCACCCAGUCCUCCCUUGCAUAUGCACCAGCGUUCUUCAUCACGCACGAAUCCAGCCCCACCCCGACCAGUCUCUGGAGACUGGACAAAUCAGACUCGACCUCACUCGCGCAUGACAUCCUAUCCAGAUGCCCAUCAUCGUCCCUCGUCGCGAGGAGCCACUACGAUGAUCACCAAUUACAACGACGUGUCGAAUCAUCUCUCGGCACGCGAGCAAGAGCAUGUCGCACGAAUGACCGGUUCUUCAUUCUUUGAUAUCUCGGGUCACUCCAAAAAAUCUCAGUCUCAAGUCAACCCGAUGGGUCUCGUAUCGACAAUUGAUGCUCGCGAGCGUGAGAAGCGGGAGAUGAAAGAGGGAAUGUCGAACCAAAUGGUCCAGCACGCCAUUACUCAGCGACAGCUUCAUCAACAAUAUCAGCAGCAGCAACAGCAACAGCAACACUUCACGCAUCACCCACAGCCUUUGGCCUCCCACUAUGCUGGUUCUGUGUAUCCAACCCAGGCUGUGGAUGGCAUGUACAACAUGCCUGGCGCCAGCCACACGUGGGAUGCACUGCACCAGAUGAAUCGUCCAGAUGAGCCUCGUCGCAAGUCGUGGUAUGGUCAGCUUGCGCAAGCUUCACCGGCUCCACCUACCUACCCACAAAACCAGCAAAGUCAAUACUUUCCGCAACAGCACGUAGGCUAUCCCGCGAACUAUAACUUCUCGCACUAA